AUGGACCGCAACCUGAAGCGUCCGGCCUCUCAACCUGGCACACAAUCAACCAAAAGCGAAGUCCAAUAUGCCGACCCUGCAGACGAAGCCGCCGUUUUAGAACCUUACGAAUACCGAACGCUCGAAACACCGAAUACUAUCCGCAUAUUCUGUUUGGAACCAGCAGAAGCGGAGACAGACUCUCUCAAGGGACACAUCAUCCAGUUCGAUCGAUAUGACGAGGUUGCAAAAUUGGACCACCACCAAGAGUACAUCGCCGUGUCGUAUGCAUGGGGUCAAGCCGACUUUUCGGAACUCCUCAUGCUCAACGGCACCGGAGACGGCUAUUGCAGAUACUUAAGGAUCACAUCCAAUGUGAAGGUGAUGCUUGAACAUUUUCGCAAGCGACACAAGAAGCUUUUUCUAUGGAUCGAUGCUAUCUGCCUGAACCAGAACGAUGAAGCUGAGAAGGUACAACAAAUACCUUUGAUGAGAGAGAUCUACCAGCAAGCUCACAAAUCGUACUUCUGGCUUGGCUUAGAAGACGGAUUCGAUACCGCGAAGGUCUUUGCUUAUUUUCGUUUGUUAGCCGUUACGGAUUCCAUACAGAGCGCUACAAACAAGCUCAAGGACGAUCAUCCGGGAUUAGAUUACGUGAAGCAAAUUCGACAGUUUUCUAAUCGAUCUUGGUUCUUCCGACGUUGGAUUUUACAAGAAGCGGGUCUGUCCCGGCAUGGGCUAAUGUGGUGUGGAUAUCAUAAGAUCCAAUACACUUUGUUCGUCAUGGCAUGCAGGAAGCUGAAGAGCACUGAUGAGGCAGAGCAUUUCCCGGAGACCUCUGCUAUCGAAACCACAAUAGCGAUCCAAAAUCUGGUGCACUCUUCGACUGCAUCUCGGAGUAUAACCGAUUUAUUGUGGAAAGUUCACCGGAGCCAUUGCUCAGAAGAGAAGGACCGCAUCGGUGCACUUUACGGACUUUUUCCUUCGUCAAUGCGACCAAAACUGGAUCUAGCAGCUUCCUACCAGCAAAUCUACGAAAGGGUCGCGGUCGAACUUGUGAGGAGCUCGCCUGUCGAACUCUUCUUGCAUUUAGCUCACUUCCGACCUCUUUGUGUGACUAAAGGAACCCGAGUCCCUUCUUGGAUCCCAGAUUGGUCACAAGAACGAUUGCGACUCACCUUGCCUUUUUAUAAUGGUCUUCGAGGGGCUUUGGACAACACAAUUAGAGACUACUUCAAGGAGCGUGUUAAAACAGAAACCACUGCUGAUUAUCGUGACGACCAGGCAAUCUGGGUAAAGUUCCUCGAGUCGAAGAAUGAUGUAAAUCAUCAGUGCGCAAGAUUCACCGCAUACUACAGCAAUAGUGGUAGUGACACAGAUAUUGAUCAUACUGAAUCUCCGAGCUACAACAGAUCAGCGGUCUUAAGAAUACAGUGGUUCCACCCGUUCACGGAAGGAUACGGUAUACCUAUCCGUUCAGUGAUAGCAGUUCCGACUGCUCCACAAGGGACUCGAAUUUCUCUUGCAUUCGUGCAAGAGCUAAAAUUGGCUGUGAACAAUCUUGAAGGCUCAAUCUAUCUACACCGGUUUUCUGCACUAAUAGCUGGUACCAUGUUCCGUGACAGCUACCAAAAAGACUUACUGGAAUGCUUCAACAAUCUGAUCGGAAAGGAACUCGCACCCGUCGAACAGUCUCCGGGUCAGGUUUACACGCAGUAUCUAUCAGAAGACAAAAUCCUACAUUCGCUAGCAAUAGUCAUGUUCCGACGUCAGUUGGCAAUUCUCGGAUGCCAUUCUGAGAGUCAUGGUCCAUAUUACGUAGUAGGACCAUCCACCCUGCAGAAAAAUGACCGCUUGAUACCACUUGCCAGGAUUCCGCAGUACGUUACUCAAGAAGCGAAAACUGCCUUUCUAGAUGUACGGGGACUUUUAGUCCUUGAGAAUCUAGUUGCCGUCAGACUACUUCAUGGUUCAGAAAGCCAGGACCCGGAGACGCAUCAGAUCAACAUCCAGAAGAAUGAUGAUAUGCCACUAGAUGACACCUCGAGAAUAUCCAUGAUGGCACCUUUGAAAGCCACAUAUGUAGGCUUGUGUGUGUGUUUCCAUCCGGGCAUAACCUCCUGGCUCUGGAGAGAUGAUAACAUGGCCAAGAGAAGAGAUGCUUUCAGACGGGAGCGUCAACGUGUUCAUGCACUAAGGAAGGCCCCCCACCCUACGUCAUAG